AUGAAGAAGCCAACACCGUUAGGAUUUAUGUUAAGCAACAACAAGCAGGCAAAAACUUUCGACUCACAGCUAACGCGUGCACUUGCAGCUUACAACUUAAUUAACUCGGCCAUCAAUUUUAUUUUAAAAGAAGAAUCUUUAAAGUCUUUGAACGGUUUCAAUCAAUCGGCUGAGAUCAAAGUGAGAGACAUCGAUCCAUCAACUGACUUUUAUUUGCUGAGUUGUAACCUUUCACAGACACAAAACCGACAUCAAAAGAUGCUGUGA